GACCCAGAUACUUACCUGUGUAGGCACUUAAUGGCCAGUCUUAAAUCAACAGGUGAUUGUCCCAAGUUAGAUUCCAGCAUGUCAGGUCACAGUCAGCUACUUAUAUCAUGAGAAAACCAAACAACUGUCGCUGACCCCAACUUAUAACAGGUUGUUUACAGAACAAGAUUAGUCUAGUUAGCAACUAACCCAGCUACGACUUAGAAGGGGUUUUGGACAUUGGUGAUUUGAGCUGUGUGUGAGAGCUCAUUCACAGUAAGUGCGUGUUGGGUGACUCUUCUGUAAAUCGUCGAGCUACAUCUAAAGACGAUUCUAGAGGUGUUCGGCAGACAGCCUUUACAGUUGAUCCAUUGAGUAUCUGUUUGACAAGAUAUGAAUAUCCAGGACAUGAAUAUCGAUAACCCUGAUGGCGCGCUUAUGUCAAGGUGCGAGGUGUGUAAGAUGAAUAUACCACACCGCAUCCUGACCCCGGACGACCCGGGCAAGUCCAUGGUCAAGUCCCUGGAGAGCGACAGCAGCGGGGAGUGUUAUGUCACGCCACAGUCUUCCUUCGCUGAUGGUGCCAGUCAAGGAAGCCAGGAGUCGCUGGAGAAGAGAUCUAGUCUCCCACGGAUGAAGAGUUAUGAUGCUGUAGUGUUCGAUGUUCUCAAAGUGUCCCCUGAUGACUUUGCUAGUCAGAUAACACUCCUAGAUUUGCCAGUUUUCCAGUCCAUCGAACCUGAUGAGCUUACAUCAUGUGCUUGGACAACCAAGGAGAAGCUCAUCAAAGCCCCCAAUGUCGUCGCUUUCACCAGGCGAUUCAACCAUGUCAACUUCUGGGUUCAGAAGGAGAUAUUAAACUGCCAAACGUUGAAAGCCCGAGCCGAGGUCCUGUCUCAUUUUAUCAAGAUCGCAAAGAAACUUCUUGACCUAAACAACCUACAUGCAGUUAUGGCGGUGAUUUCCGCGUUGCAGAGUGCUGCCGUGUUCCGUCUUUCCAGAACAUGGAUGAUGCUGUCCAAGAAAGACAAAUCAAUGUAUGAAAAGAUGGCAGACCUGUUUUCUGAAAACAGUAAUCGACAGAAGUUACGAGAUUACAUGGAGAACGUCAAGCUGCCAUGUAUUCCAUACCUAGGGUUGUACCUGACUGACUUGAUCUACAUUGACGUUGCACAUCCACACCACGGUGGCAUGGAGAGUCCACCUCGCAGACGCAGACUACAGAUGAACAACAUCCUGCGAGUCAUAGCAGACUUCCAACAGUCACAGUAUGACCAUCUGCCGGUGUUGGAGCACGUACAGAACUACCUGAAGUCAGUCCGCUACAUCGAGGAGCUCCAGAAGUUUGUGGAGGAUGACAACUACAAGUUAUCGCUGAAACUGGAGCCUCCCCACUCCCAGUCCAACUCCUCGUCCCGGGAGGAUGUCAGCUCCCAUCACCACGUGCCAGCAUCCCCUUCCACGGAACCACGUAACAUGCUCUCACCUGGAGCCGGCUCCAAGUUCGCACCCUCCCACAGAAAGUCACGCAGCUUAAGCGCUAAUUUCAUGAGCUGCACCCACCCCCAGGCUGACCGCACGUACAGUCUCCCCUCCCGCACCACUGCCCCCUACGUCCAGGGCAUCCGUCACCUGCUGGACGACAGCGUCCUGGAGGAGUCGCCAUGUGCCUCCAGCGAUGGAUCCGUCUGUAGUAAAUUUCAAAAUCUCGAAGGUAGAGAGCACUUAGAUUCCACAUCUAGUGAACCUGAGUCAUUCUGGCCAAACAAAGACAGCGUGCAUUUCCAUGACUCCGAGGAACCCCCAGAAGCCAUCUUCCAGGCCAGUUUUACAUGUGAAAGCUGCUUGAAGAGGAAGACUCUGCUCAAGGAAGGGAAGAAACCAACGGUGUCGUCAUGGACACGGUAUUGGGUCGCAAUGUGGGGGACAAAUCUUUUGUUCUAUCCAGCAAAAUCCUUACGUGGUACAGAUCGCAAUGCUUUUAAGUCGAAUCCAAGCAAGAUGAUGUCAGUGGUUGGAUGGAUGGUGGUCAUGGGAGAUAACCCACUUCAGCCUGAUGCAUUCCAGCUUACAGAUCCUGUCAGGGGAAAUGUGUACAAAUUUCGAGCGGGUUCACAAUCACAAGCCUUGCAGUGGUGCAGACACUUGAGCGAAGCAUCAAAGAGGUAUUCGCAUCGGCCUCCUGUAAAUCUGAUGUCUUUUGAGUGAGGCGAGGGACAGUUCUCAACAUGGUUGCUCAAGUUUCAUCACUACAAGGGCCGUGAUUGGUUCCGAUAGUCACAUGACCAGUCACCGUGGCAACUGGCAAUCAGCUGGUCUGAUUCUGCUGCUCCACGGCUACUAUCUCGCUCAUGAGGUUGAGGCUCAUCGUCAUGGUUACGGGCCGACCACCCGGCAACUCAUCUUGUUGCAGUGGAAUCUCAUUCCUAGACCAUCAUCCUACUUUCAGGAAACCUUCGUAGCCAAUCACUCCACACUAAAAUGCUCAUCAUGUGACCCCGUCUCCCAUGACAACCAACGUAACCAAGCAAUGUGCGCCAUGGCCAGUGCAACACCGUCGUCGUCCAAGGAUUGAGUGUGUGAGCUGGAGGUGAAGUCGUGGAGAUUACGAUAUAGCGACACAGUGCAGCGCUUCCAAGAACGGGUUCUAUGCAAUAUUGCCCCUUACUCGUGCCUCCUAGAUAGAGAGACUCAGCUGGCCAACGUAGGACUAUGUUGUAGGUAGUGCCAUCAGCAGUUGUCCCCCUUUGUUGUUAGUGUGCUCAAUAAGCAAUGUGCAAUCCUUAACUGUGUGCGUUCUGUGAUAACUACUCCCUGAGGUCGACUCUUGAAGCAGUGACACCCAAGGUCGUGACUUACUGGAUUUCGUGCGAGAAGAGGUCGUAGGUGAUUUUAUUCAUUUCCACGUGGGAUGUGCUUUUAAAUGUCACGACCUCAGCACUUCACAGGGAGCUUGACGUCUUCUUGAAGGAAGACUGGUUUUAAUUAGGACUCUGCUAAGUGUUCAUUUGGAAACCCAUGUGAAUUACUCUCUCAAGACUCGGACAACCAGCUUAUGGUUACAGAUCAUGGAUUGUACGAUUUGUGUCUUGAAGUAUAUGGACAAGACUGUUUUAAGCUUUCUGUGCAAUGCUGUACACCACUGUACAAUGGGUGUACAGAACACAGUAUUUAUGUGUACAGACCUCCACAAACGUGUACAAGUGGAUUCUUUCCCUUACAUCAGUCUUAAUUCUGCGGGAAAUAACAUUUUCAGUUUUUGUCAUCAACAAACAUAAACAUGUUCUUUAGUUUGAAUGUUUAUUUUAUGGGAAAAUUCAACAAUAUUUUUACUUUAGGAUUCAAAAGAAAUUGAUUGAAUUCUACUGAAAAAAUUCAAAAUUGUAGGUUUACAGUGUAUGUUGAGGUAGAGUAUUUUUCUAGUCAAAGGAAAUUUUCCUAGUCUGUGAGGGUGUAGUCAUUAAGUUAAAAAUACUAGGUGUCCAACGAAGUUGAAUUUUUGAUACUUUAAAAAAUAACAUGCUACUUCAGUGCUAUAGUCUGUCAUGAAAUGAGUGCUUUUGACCCAAUUUAAUCAACCAAACCACUGUAUUAAACUACAAAAAUAAUAUUAAAAUAAUAUUUUAAGACUCAAACAAAACAGUAUUAAAUAUCUGCAUCCCCGAUUUACAGCGUUUUUACUUUUUUUUCUUUCUUUUUGAUGUUUUACUUUCCUUAAGGGAGGUGUUUUCUUUAACGUUUUGCUUUAUUCUGCAUGAUAAGUGUGCACCAACUUGACCCUUGGUUCUUGAUACCUAUGUAAUCUAUGCUGUAUAAGUUAAGGUCAACUUGAGUGUAAUAUAUUUAUUGUAGUUAAAUAAUAAAAUUGAAUGAUUAAAAAAUAUUAAGUUGAUUAUGGAACUAUUUGCCUCAACUCAAAAACUAAAUUUGCAUUGUUUUUCAAAAAUAAAUGCCUUUUUAAAAAAAAAAAGUUUAGAAGUGACGUAAACAAAACCUUGGUUAAUAUAAUUGGUAUUUGAGGUUGAGGCAAACGUAUAUUACUAUAAAUGUGUUAUGUAGCUAGUUUGGCAGCAUGCUACAAGUGUCUGAUAUGUUCUACAUCAUGUAACCACCAUAUGAUACAGAUAUAUUUGUAACAACAAAGAUGUCAAUAUUGAAUGGAUAUGAAGAAAUACAUGCACAAAAUUGUCACUACUGUAGCUAUGAAGGAUUCAUUUAGAAGCAGUAAACUAUGAAUAUUAAUGAGGAGUUUCUUAGUGCUAUCACAUGACAGGGCCCUGAUAUGAUUGACAGGUGCUGAUGUCAUAAGCCGACAGUUUCUUACACCUUGCAGUCUGAACCAUUUGUUUGUGAUCAUUCUGUUAUGGCAUGUAUUUUACACAAGAAAUGCGUCAAAUUAUAUUGGCAUAUUUAUCUCACAAUGGUCAAGAUUUCAGGGUGUUUGGAGAAAUGUCAUCCCAAGGUUGAUCUCUCUCUUUUUUGAGUAAUACUUAUGUGCUGUAAAAAAACACAAAUUUGGACUUCUUAAAAAUUUAAAAUUUGAAAUGUAUUACUCAAAAAAUGAUAUGUUCAUAAUAUCAUCAGCUGAUUUGCCCCUCGAUGGGCGACAGUACACGGCUAUGACAAAUACACCACUACCCCCUUGGGUUCCACAACAGUCAGUCUUAUUUAUUCAUUGCUUGCCUGCAAUGACAGGUUAUUGAGCCCUAAACAUGCAUUUGUAUUUUUGUUAACAUGAUACAUACACAUAUUUAGGGCUGUGGAUAAAUUCCUGUCAAUUUGCUGGGUUUGGAUAGAUUUGACAAGAUUUAACCCAGAUAUACAAGAUGAGGGCUGACUGUGCAAACAGUCAAGCCCUGAUCAUGUGUAUUUAGUGUUAAACAAAAGGGGUUGUAAUAACUAACCGGAAGGAGUAUUGCAUUCCAGUCCAUGCUAAGUUCAGUUGCUUAGCAGUCUAUUUUGUAACCAUUAUUGAUAUUGAAAUGUACAGACUUUUUUUUUCAUGCAGUAAAAAAUACUGUAAAACUCA